AUGGCAGGGAUAGCUAUACUUCUAGAUCUGUGGAGGAAAAACCAAAACUUGAGCUCUGGAUUGCACUCUUCUCAUGCAUUUCAGUCUUCCAGUUCCUUUUUUUCCGCCUCUGCUGCUGCUACUGCUGCUGCUGCAUCUGUUGCUGCGGGGACUGGUUUUGCCUCAAGGGCUUUGUUUGGGUCAUCAGUUGCAUAUUCUGAUGCUGGUGCAGCAUUAUCUGAAGACUACAUUUCUAAUAUACAAAGUUCUUUUGAAAAGAAUUACAAAUAUGAUGCACUAAGAUAUAGUACCAAGCAGUAUAAUGUGGAACUGAAACCUCUCUUCUCUGCUUUUGAAUUGAGGACAUUUGCAAUGACUUCCAUUAGGUCAUUCUUGAUGUUUUAUUUGCCUCUUUUGGAGCCCCGUGCGGAAAUGGAAGAUGAUGAGGAUUUCUUGGAGGAGGAUCAAGAGCAGCAUGUUGAUCUGGUUGUUCCCUUCCAAAAAUCAGUGAAGCAAAUAAUACGUGAGUCAACCGUUGUGACUACUAGAAGAAUUUUAGAAAGAAUUGCUGUGCAUUAUGUUUCACAAAGAAUGGCAUGGAAACUUCUUAAAGAUAUCCCUAGAUCAGCAACUCGCAAGGCUGGAAGGAGCAUGCCUACUGUGGUUUAUUUCUAUUGUGUGAGCAGAACAACAUUCAGAGGACACAUGCUUGGGGUUGCAGCAUCAUGGCUUGUCCAAGUUGGCAUUGACUUAUAUCGAUACUUUUCGUCGGCAUUCAAGGUGCAGAACAAGGAUAAUGGUGCUGAUAAAACGAAUGAAGUUGGAGUUCUUGGACAGAAGAUUUUCAUCACUACAGUUAGAUGUACUUCAUCUUUAAUUUUUGCCUCCAUAGGAGCAGGAAUCGGUGCAACCUUUGUUCGUCCAUCGCUCGGCCAGUGGAUUGGGUGUGCUGCUGGUGAUUUGGCAGGUCCCAUUAUUGUAGCAUUUUGUGCUGACCAAUUAUUUCAAGUGAAACUUUGA